AUGGUAAAUCCAGCUGAACACAAGCCAAUCAUCCACAAGAAGACAAACAGAUUCCAUCGCCCACAGUCCGAUCUCUGGAAUCGUGUUCCUUCCGCAUGGCGCCAUCCACGUGGUAUCGAUUCACGUUUCCGCAGGAAGUAUCGUGGCACCCCACUCCACCCAAGUGCUGGUUUUGGCUCCGACAAGGAAACAAGAUUCAUGCUUCCAAACGGCUUUAUUCCAGUUAUCGUUCGCUCACUCAAAGAUCUCGACAUGUUACUUACAAAGAAUACAACACACGGCGCCAUGAUUUCUGCUCAGGUUGGUGCUAAGCUUCAGCAAGAAAUCAUCAAGAAAGCACAGGAAUUAAACAUCGAAAUCCUCAACCAAGCUCGUAAGCAUGUUGCUCAGGAGCAAUAA